GGGGACAUGAACAGAACACAGAGGAGAGACGCAGGACUCAUGAGGCUUCCACAUAUUUGGAGUGAAGUUUCUUCAGCAGAAUGAGAGCAUGCCAGAACCAUGAUAUACUGUAACAGUAAAGCUUUGAACAAAUAGAGGAAGUGAAACACUGACCACAAAGACAAACCAGCGUCUCCGUCUGUCUGUGUCUUCAUCAGCACUGCUGCAGACAUUCAAACAAUAAAUCGGCUCAUUAAAACAUAAGGAUGGCAGUUUGGGACAAAAACAGUCUGUGGACUCUCCUGUUCCUGCUGGCAGGUGCUGUGGGUCAAACUGUGAUCUAUCCUCUCACGUCUACCUGUGCUGUCAGAGGAUCCACUGUCACCCUCCCCUGCACCUUCACACCUCUGAAGUCUUUCAGUGAUGGUCAGAGAGAAGUUCCAGCAGAGCUCAUCAGAGUCGUCUGGUAUCAGAGCCAGCAGCAUCAGCUCUGUCAGCUCACUAAACCAUUUGUGUACGACAGUGAUUCAAAAAAUCACAAACAACGCUUUGAAUAUCUGGGAGACAAGAAGACAAACUGCACUUUACAGAUCAGAGAUGUUCAACAGAGAGAUCACGCAACCUUUUGCUUCAGUAUGGAAGUCGAUCACACAAAAGUACAUUUUGAUAUCAGCAGAGGAGUGACUGUCAGAGUUGUUGAUUCGACUAAAAUGAGAAUAAUCGGCUCCAGUGAUGAUAAAAAGUUGAGCAGAGGUGAAACCGUCACACUGCUCUGUGCUUCAGUCUGCACUUUCCACCAACUGGAGGUCAUCUGGUUCAAAGAUGGCCACGCCCUCUCAGAGACCGGCCCCUCUCUUGAGCUCGACUUCCUGACUGCAGAGGAUUCUGGGAGCUACACCUGUGCUCUGAAGAACAACAUUGAGACUCUCUCUGAGCCGUACAGCCUGCAGGUGACGGGAGAGGCAGGCGCUGUGGGUCAAACUGUGAUCUAUCCUUUCACGUCUACCUGUGCUGUCAGAGGAUCCACUGUCACCCUCGCCUGCACCUUCACACCACCUAAGUCUGUCGAUCAGAGGGGAAGAGAAGUUCCACUAAAUAUCGUCAGAGUCCUCUGGUAUCAGAGCCACUGGUAUCAACUCUGUCAGCUCACCAAACCAUCUGCGUACGACAGUGAUUCAACUAACAACGAUCCUCGUUAUCAAUAUCUGGGAGACAUGAAGACAAACUGCACUUUACAGAUCAGAGAUGUUCAGCAGGGAGACAGCGCAACCUUUUCCUUCAGGAUGGGAGUUAAUCAUCGUGGGGGCCAUUUCACUAACGGCACAGGAGUGGCUGUCAGAGUUACUGAUGGGAUUAGGAUGGGAAUAAUCAGCUCCAGUGAUGAUAACAAGUUCAGAAAAAAAGAAACUGUCACACUGCUCUGUGCUUCAGUCUGCACUUUUCAUCACCUGGAGGUCACCUGGUUCAAAGAUGGCUGCAUCCUGUCAGAAACAGGCUCCUCCCUCCAGCUGAGCUCUCUGACUGCAGAGGAUUCUGGGAACUACACCUGUGCUCUGAAGACCAACAUGCAGACUCUGUCUGAGCCGUACAGCCUGCAGGUGGAGGCAGAGGCAGGAGUCAAAGUGGACAACCUGACAGCUGCCCGUCUGCUUCUGUUCAGUGCUCACACGGUGCUCAUCAUCUUUGUGGCAUCAGUAGUACUCAAAGGACGUGUUGUCUGCAGGUCAGGAGAGGGUCAGCAGCAGACAGCUGAGAGACUUGUGGCGGUUCAGCCUCCAGAUGUCACUGAGGAGCCGAGGACCAACGAAGAAGAACGAGGCCAGGCUGUGUGACGGCGCCGUCACCUGUAAUAUACCUGCUGUAAUAAUCACCUGUGGACAUCAGAGUUGUGACUGUACAAAGGCUUCUUCUUUAUACGAAUGCAGAAGUUGUAUUUUACUUUAAAACUCAUAUUUUGGCUUUUAGUUUGAGUUUUCAGUGAUUGAAAAUACUUCCAUGUGAAGAAUGAGUACAACCAUGAAAAUAUGGAGCUGUGGUGUUUAAUUAAUGUGAGGAAUGUUAAACAUUAAAUGAUGUGUGUGUGUAUAGUAUUUUAUUUGUGGAUGCGUUUAAAAAUUCAUCUUAGCAGCUGUUAAUAAAGACGACCUCAGACGAUAAACCUGCUGUGUUAAUGAUCUGAUGUUCUUUCUGUGCCUGUGAACAUUAACUGUGUCAGCAAUGAACUCUUAUCAUGAAGAUAUUUAGUAAAUGUGGCUUUCACAAGCUGCUGCUGUGUGAUGUUUGUGGACUUUGGUAUCAGGUCACCGAAGCUUUGCUGGUUUAAAUAACAGAGUCGGUGGCUCAUAGUUUGGUCCCAGCUUCGCUGUUGUGAUUGGUGUGGGGUAGGGACAAGCUUGGGGCGUCGGGGGGUUCCCCAGAAGUGUCUUCCUUGGAGGGCUCAACCCGGGGUUGCGGUCAUGGCCUGUUAAGGGCUCUGUUGGCUCUUAGGUGAUGGUUUCCUCGUGGCUGUGUGCAGCGGGGCUAGGGGAGGGU